AUGGAGGCGUCAGGGAACAAAAAGCUGAAAUCAAUCACAGCACCUCUGACGAGGAGGUUUGCCAUGUGUUUCAACGAGUACGAUGUUCGUCUGGGACAGGAGAUGGUAAAUGAACUAAACACACAGCUCAUGUGGAUGGGAUCCGCCAUGUCCAUUGACGAACCCAAAUCACCCGUCGGGGCCAUUGGGAACCCUGAUGUAGCAGGCGAUGAGAAGGCGAUAAACAAGUAUCUCCGCCGUCAUUGUGAAGGGGGGCAUCCAACAACUGACCUAUUACGCGAGCGCAUCUAUGCGGCACUCGAUGGUGCAUUGUUAGGUAUGGAAGUGGAUGACAUCAUGUCGAAGCAUUACUCCAAGGGUGCAGAGAACCCCAAGAAUCCCAGAACAAACGACAACAGAAACCUUCAAACCAACGACAACUUCAUCAUACCUGUAGGACAGUACAUUUGGAACAGCAUGAAGCGCGGAUCGUUUUCCCUCGGCACGAUUCCAAGCGCAAAACCACGUUUGUUGAUUGGUGGGCGAGGCAGCCUUGCUGGAAUGCCGGGAGGAUAUCCAACAGAGUGA